AUGGAAGCCCUGUCGAAGACGGGGGCAACGACGACGACGGGGGGGUCAGCGGCCGCCGGCGUUGGCGGUAGCGGCACCGCAGGGAGUAACGGCUUAGUGGUUGUAGAUAUCGUCGGCGGCGGGGAGGAGGAUGAUGAUGGGGGGCGUGAUGAUCGAGGGGACGACGGAGGGUUUUCCGCCAGGGGGGUGGCUGCCGCGGCGGCCGACGGGGCCGCUGCCGUGUGCGGGGACUGGGAGGGGGAGGCGAAGGCCUUAGUGAGGGAGCUGCGGGAGGCUCGACGGGCUUUCCCUUCGGAGGUGGAGUUUUAUCUGCCCCAGCUCUGCAUCGUCGCCGCCCUCGGAGACUUCGUGCGGCCCGCCCCCCUUGUGGGCUUCCUGCUGGAGCUGUGCGAGUCGGACCUCCGCCUCGCCCACAAGACGCACUGGUUCCUCAAGUCCUUCUGCGCCGACGGCGGCGGCUCGCCACCUCCUCUGUCGGGCUUAUCCUCGUUCGCGUUGAGGGUGCAAAAGCGCGGCUGCGCGGUGGCCAGCCGGCUCGCCAGGGUCUUGGGGCGGCAGUCUUCGGCGGCGGCGGCGGCUGCCGCCGCUCCUCUGUGCGACGGAGUCAUUGACCAAGACGCUGCUGCGGCUGUCGCGACGGACGGAUCUUGUCGGGCUGCUGGUGGUGCCAAGCCCGAUGGUCGUGGUGACGACGCAGCUGUUGUUGGUGACGGCGCUGUGGUUGCCGAGGCGGCGCGAGAUUGCUCGGAGGGGGGCGUGGAAAGGCCGCCGCCGCCGCCGCUGGCGGCGGCGACGGCGGCGGUCAUGGCGGUGGUGGUCGACGGUGAUGAUGUGCGGCGGGUGUGGCAGGGCGACAGCAGCAGCCAGUCCGACGGUGCUGUUGUGAUCGGCGGUCGGCCGCACGAGGAGCGGCAGGAGCAGGAGCAGCAGGAGCAGGAGGAGCAGGAGGAGGAAGAUGACAGCCUGGCGGAGCACUACGACCCGGCCAUGUUCUUCAUGGAAGCCCUGCUUGGACUGGCCGAGCAGCUGGGAGACCUCCCCCCCCAGAAGCGGGCCGGCGGGCUUCAGGAGGGCCUUGAGCGGAUCAACGAGUUCUUCCUGUCCGAGCGGGCGCAAGGGUCCGACGUCAUCUACGUGCCUUUCCGGGGAGGUUUUCAUCAGAUCCGCGCGAUCCACCCCGGAGAGUCGAUGCACUUCUCCACGAAGGAGCGAGUGCCCCUCCUGGUGUGCCUAGAGGUGCAAGAGGUGCAGCUGCCAAGCUCUCUCACGACCCUGUCGCGCACGGGCAGCAGCGUGAGCACCAGCACCAGCAGCUACGGCGCCCACCCCGGCGGCGGCGCUGCCCCCCGCUGUAGCGCGUCAACCGCGCUAGGUUCAACCGCCGGUGGUGGUGACGACCGGGUUGGAGAAGGCGUAGCGGAGGGGACGGGAGCGGAGCAAGCUGGCGAGGCGGGCCUGAUGGAUCGCUUCAGGGGCACCGUGAGAUCAUUCGUCAAGCUGCAAAGCGAGGACGGAUACCAUGCGGACAAACACGCCGGCUGGACGGAUCGAGGGGACGCGCAAGAUGAGGUGCAGGCGGCUCCAUCGUCGGCGUCCCUGCCUAUCGCCUUGCCGCCCCACCUGCGGUCCUUCGGCAAGUCCAUCGAGGGCGACGAGUGUUCCUCCCGAAGCGCGAGCGAGCCCGAUCUCGGCGGUUGCGGCAACAGCAGCAACCCCGUCGCCGCCGCCGUCCUGUCGCCGCUUUCUGCGGCACGCGGAGGCGUGGCAGGCUCCCCGUCCCCUUUCUCCUCCCCCGACAAGUCAACCAGGGCGAAGAGCGGGGUUACCGUUGGCGGUAAGUCCGCUGGAGCAGCCGCCGACGACACCGCUGGAGCCGGCGGUGGCGGCGGCGGCGGCGGCGGCGGUGAGGGUGUACCGACUCAUGAGCCGCACCGCCGGCAGCAAGCGAAGCCGCUGCCCUCCUCGACCGCGGCCGCCGCCAUCCGUUCUGACGACGCAGGAACAGCAGUGGCGGCGAGGCAGCAUGAUGAGGCAGUAUCAACAACCAGCCGUGGCGCGGCGGGUCCGGUGACGCCGACGGAGGCGUCGAUGGCCGCUCUGGCGCUCGCGGCGACGGCGAGCACUACGGGCGGCGGCGCUGCAGCAGCAGGUGGUUCUUCGCCGAACCGAGGCACGGAAGCUUCUCCCCAGCGUGGCUCUGCCGGAAAUGACUGCGGCGCAUUGUCGGUGUACUGCAGCAGCCCGGAGGACAGCGAGUUCGGCGACGAGGAGGAGACGGGAGGAUUCGAAGGCGGCGGGAGCUCUCAGGGAGGCUUCUGGUACGGAGAGGGCGGCGGCGCCUCGGCGCUGAAGGCAGCGAUGGGGCAGUGGGGGGGUGACCUGGAGUCUGCGGUGGCGGCUGCGGCGGUGGCAGCGGCUGGGGAAGGAGACGACGCCGGCAGCGACGCGUCUACCGUGGCGGCGUUGCUGCAGGAAGCGUCGACGCACGAGAUGCCGGCACCCGGGGCCGGGGGGAUGACCGCAGUGGCAGUGGAGGGCGAGGACGAGUCGUGGGAGAUCGUGAACGCUCCUCCUCGGCAUUGGGAGGCGGCCGCUCGAGGGGCGGCCGGUGCCGCAAGAGGGGGCGGCCCUGCAGGCGGCGGCGUUGGCGCUGCUGCCACCACCGGCGACGGCGGCAACAGCGGCGGCGGCCCGGACAGCCAGAGCGACAGCUACACGGAGGAGGAGGAGGCCAAGCUAGACGCGGAGGCUCUUUUGCUGUCAAGAGGCGGCGGCGGCGGCGGCGGGGCCGACGCCCCCUUUGCCAACGGGAGCGGCGGCUGCAGCAGCGCCAAGCGCCCGGCGGGCAGGCACUACUUUUCAGCCCCGGGUUCAGGGGCGGCGGUGGCACCCAGGAAAAGGGGGGGGCGGCGUCGGCGUCUGGCCGCGGAAGGCGAGGUGGCGGCGGGGGGGUGCGCGGACACGCACGGGCAGCAGAAGCAGCAGCAGCAGCAGCAGCCUAGGAUCAUCUUCAAGGAGCGGUGGAGGGAGAAGGAGGCCCGCGUCUGGAGGGAGAGGGGGGCGGCCGGCGGCCACGGCGGGUUCCGCGGGGGGUUCAGGGCGCGCUCUUCGAGGUGCGAUUAUGACGACGGCGGCGGUGGCGGCGGCGGCGGCGGCGGGAGCGGGGGUGCUGUGCCUUCGAGGGGGUGGAAGCUUCUUCCGAUCAUUGUCAAGGCGAACGACGACCUGAGGCAGGAGCAGUUCGUGGGGCACUUGGUGGCGGUGUUCGACCAGAUCUUCAAGGCGGCCAAGCUUGGCGCUCGGCUAGACCCUUACGAGAUCAUGGCCACGAGUCCGACCGCGGGGGUCAUAGAGAUCAAAGACCGCCACAACGGCAACCUGCUCCUUUCGGCGGACGGGCACUUGAUACACAUCGACUGGGGGUUUGCGCUGGAGCUCUCGCCGGGAGGAAACCUAGGCUUCGAGAGCGCACCGUUCAAGGUCGAGAUGAUGGUCGCCUUCCGGCCGGAGCUGUCUUGCUUUGGGGGGCGCCCGGAAGCCGUUGUCAAGCACCUGAGAGCACGCUUCCAGCCGGAGAAGAGCGCGGAGAAGUGCGUCACCUUCGUACACGACCUCAUCGAGAAGAGCGCGGACAACUGGCGGACGAGGCUGUACGACACCUACCAGCGGAAGCUGAUGGGAAUACAGUAG